AUGAUCGCAGGUCUUUUCAGGUCCAAUCUUGCAGGCGUCGCUCGCCCGGCUGUCUGCCUCCGGCUUGCUCCCGUCAGACGGUUCUCUGCUGCCGCUCUUGCCCAGCCGAUUACCCGAAAUGAGGCUAGCCCUACCAACUCCUUGUAUAACUUUACGGAGGAGGAGACGAUGCUGCGUGAGACUGUGCGCAAGUUUGCUCUUGAGACCGUCAAGCCGUUGGUGUAUGAGAUGGACGAGAAGGAAGCCAUGCCGAAGGCUUUGUUCGACAGCAUGUUCGAGCAAGGGUUGAUGGGCAUCGAAACUCCGGACGACCUGGGCGGCUCCGGAAUGUCCUUCACAGCCGCCAUCCUCGCCGUCGAAGAGCUCGCCCGCGUCGACGCAUCCGUGUCGGCCGCCUGCGACAUCCACAACACCCUUGUCAACACCGUAUUCCGUCAGCACGCUUCAGACGCCCUCAAGGAAAAAUACCUCGCCCGUUUGGCAACCGACACCGUCGGCUCUUUCUGUCUCACGGAAGCCGGCGCCGGAUCCGAUGCGUUUGCCCUUAGCACCACCGCGACCAAAAAGGGCAACAAGUACAUCCUCAACGGCGGAAAGAUGUGGAUUACUAACUCCGCCGAGGCUGGUAUCUUCCUCGUGUUCGCCAACGUGGACCCCAGCAAAGGCUAUAAAGGCAUCACCUGUUUUGCCGUGGAGAAGGAGAUGGGUGUGAAGAUCAACAAGAAGGAAAAAAAGCUGGGUAUCAGGAGCUCGUCCACUUGUGAGCUAUCCUUUGAUGACAUCGAGGUGCCUGAGGAGAACAUUAUCGGCGAGAUUGGCAAAGGGUACAAGUACGCCAUUGAGAUCCUCAACGAGGGCCGCAUCGGCAUUGCUGCCCAGAUGAUUGGCAUUGCCCAAGGAUCCCUGGACAUCGCGGUUCCCUACAUGCAGCAGAGGAAGCAGUUUGGGACCUCCAUCAUCGAUUUCCAGGGCAUCGAACAUCAACUCGCCCAAGUCGCCACCGAGCUCGAAGCCGCGCGCCUGCUAACUUACAACGCCGCGCGUCUCAAGGAAGAAGGGCGCGAUUUUGUCAAGCAAGCCGCGAUGGCCAAGCUCUACGCGUGUCAAGUCGCCGAAAAGUCCGCCAGCAAAGCCAUCGAAUGGGUUGGCGGCGUCGGCUUCACCCGCGACUUUGGAAUUGAGAAGUUCUACAGGGACGCGAAGAUUGGCGCGAUCUAUGAGGGGACGUCCAACAUGCAGCUGCAGACUAUCGCUAAGAUCCUCAAGAAGGAGUACUGA